CUGUGGAGGAAGACCGAGUCAUUCGGGUGUAAAUAUGUGGAAGAAACCUGUCAAUCUGUUGAAGACAAGAAAGCCCUUGAAAUCCUUGAAUCGACCACCAAACGCACUGGAGAUCGCUACGAAACCGGUCUCUUGUGGAAGGAGAAAGAUGUAACACUGCCCAACAAUCGCGUUGUAGCCGAGAAACAACUUUUCUCGUUGGAAAAGAGAUUAGCUCGUAAUGAGAAGCUGGCGACUGCGUAUCGGGAUACUAUCGAAA